AUGCUCUUUGAAUUCGGUCUGACAGAUAUGGACGUCCAGGAAGCUACAAUCGUCCAGCUAGAAUCUCGGCUUACAGAUGAGCGUCUAUACUUGCGGCAAUACCGGCCAGCGGCAGUCCCAUCUUGCCAACUGGUAAAAUUCCAAAUACUCGGACUGGUGGAUAUUUUACAGUCUGUGUUAUCCGACCAGGAUCAGACGGUCGCACAAGUUCUCAAAUUGGGUGACCACGAGCUAGCAGAAUUAUGGAAAUGGAAUGAAACGGUGCCUCCCGCGAUAGACCGCUGCAUGCACGACAUCGUCGCCGAAAAAAUGGUCGAACACCCAGAGAAGCCCGCCGUGGUAUCCUGGGAUGGCAAACUCACCUAUGGAGAGCUGGACCGACUCUCGGGGAUUCUGGCCCGACAAUUGUCCGACCUUGGGGUUGGAUUGGGCACUAUGGUGCCCCUAUGUUUCGAAAAAUCGAUGUGGACGGCUGUUGGUUUGCUUGCGGUCAUGCGAGCAGGCGGAACAUUUGUGUUGACAGAUCCACAACAACCAGAAGCACGAUUGGCCACCAUAGCCAGCGAAGUAAAUGCCCGAGUUGUCCUCACAUCUCAGAAACAGGUUGGGUUGGGAACUCAAAUCGCACCUAAAGCCAAUGUCGUGGUUGUAGGUCCAGAGCUCUUCAAGUCAGCCACAGAAUCGCGUUCCGCAUUUUGGACUCCGAUUCCAUCGUCAGCUAUUAUGUAUGUCAUCUUCACCUCUGGCAGCAUGGGGAAGCCGAAAGGAGUGCUAAUCUCACAUGAAAACUUUGUCACCGGAGCACUACCUAGGGCUGAAGCUGUGGGCUACAAACCGCACUCAAGAGUCCUCGACUUUCCGUCAUACGCCUUUGAUGUCAGCAUCGACUGUAUGCUCUGUACCUUGUCCCAAGGUGGAUGCAUCUGCAUCCCGUCAGACGAUCAGCGUGUCAAUGACCUUAGCGGUGCUAUUAUAUCCAUGAAGGUCAAUAUGGCUCACAUGACGCCAUCAGUGGCCAGGCUGUUGUCACUAGACGCUCUGAAUUCUCUCGAGGUUCUUGGGCUUGGCGGAGAGCCGCUUUCCGCUGGCGACGCGGCUAUUUGGAGCAAAACAACAAAGCUUAUCAUUGCUUAUGGACCCUCAGAAUGUACUGUUGGUUGUACCAUAAACAACAACAUUACUUUAGGAAGGUCAUAUACAAGUAUUGGGAAAGGAGUCGGAGGCGUUACCUGGAUCGUUGACCCCGACGAUCCUAAUAUUCUAUCCCCGGUGGGCGGGAUAGGGGAAUUAUUAAUUGAAGGCUCGAUUGUAGGUAUUGGCUACCUUAAUGAACCGGAGAAGACAUCACAGGUCUUUAUUGAAAAUCCGACGUGGCUACUUGCCGGGUCGAGGAAUAUCCCGGGAAGGCAUGGCCGUCUAUAUAAGACAGGAGACUUGGUCAAAUACGACCCCGAUGGGUCUGGAUGCAUAAUCUUUGUCGGACGAAAAGACCGGCAGGUGAAACUCCGAGGCCAGCGGGUGGAGCUGGCAGAGAUUGAACACCACAUUCUUCAAAAAUUGCCGGAGGGCGCCAGCGUCGCAACGGAGGUGAUCACUCCAGGGGGGAAAGAUCGCGAGCCGAGUCUAGUGGCCUUCAUAACCGAGCCCAAAGACAAACAACCUCCGGUAGAUAGCGAGACCGGUGAAACCAUCUCCUUUUCAAGAGAGCUUCGCCAAUCUCUCUGUGAUAUCGACAAAUACCUUACUGCAGAGCUCCCAAGCUACAUGGUACCCACGGCUUAUAUUCCGCUAUCGGUGCUGCCGCUGCUAGUUUCCUGCAAGGUUGACCGAAAAAGACUCCAUCAGAUUGGGCUCGCAAUGUCACCCCAGCAGCUGGCAAAGUUCAGAGCAGAAGUGACAGAGAAUCAUGAGCCAAAAACGGACACUGAGAGGGCUUUGCAAAGAAUCUGGCGACAAAUUCUGGGCGCGGACCUCGAAAUAGGGGCUAAUGACAACUUCUUUGCGCUUGGAGGCGACUCUUUGAAGGCAAUGAAGCUGGUUGCUGCCGCCAGAGCGGAAGGACUCUCUCUGACCGUCUCCCAAAUCUUUGCCAACCCCACGCUCUCCUGCUUGUCGUCGAGCGCUAGGCGUGUCAGUGCCGACCUCGAAACAGAUAUACGUCCAUUUUCCCUGCUUGAUUCGGCCUGGGAGCAGGAACGGGCUCUGACUGAGGUAGCGAACCUCUGCAAGCUGCUGCCAUCAACAGUGGAAGAUGUCUACCCCUGCACUCCACUACAAGAAGGUCUCAUGGCACUUUCUGCAAAGAUUAGCCACGCUUACAUUGCCCAAAGAGUGGUCGACCUACCCGAUCUUCACACCGCUCAUUUGCUCAAAGCAGCUUUUGAGGCGGUGGCACCAACCUGCCCGAUUUUGCGCACUCGGAUCGUCCAAGUCCCCGGUCGUGGUUUGAGGCAGGUUGUCGUGAGCGGCAAACUUCUGUGGUCUUCGAGUAAUUGCCUGGAAGAGUAUCUGCGGCAGGAUCGGGGCCAUUCCAUGGGCCUAGGGGAUGCACUUGCGCGGCUCGCCAUAGUUACCGAUGAGAAGGAAGGAAAAGUCUGCAUCGUCUUGACGAUACAUCACGCACUGUACGACGGAUGGUCGAUGCCCUUGAUCAUCAGCCGGGUCAACAAGGCAUAUCAGGGCCUGAAGACUGCGUCACCGACUCCUUUCAAAUGCUUCAUCAAGUACCUCCAUGACACAGACCGCUCCAGCUCGGAAACUUUCUGGAGAGAACAAUUGACAGAUGCAACGGGGCCUCAAUUCCCUGUCUUACCCUACCCUGGAUACCAACCACAGGCCGACUGCGUGCUGGAGCACUAUGAUCAGUUUUCCAGAGCGGUCAACUCGAAUACCACGGUAGCAACUGCCAUACGAGCGGCUUGGGCGCUGGUCGCGGCACGAUACACUUGUUCCGACGACGUCGUGUUCGGAGAGACACUUACCGGACGCAACGCCCCCAUUCCGGGUAUUGAAACAAUCGAAGGACCACUUAUCACGACGGUGCCAACACGUGUUCGUGUGAACUGGGAUGUCAGUAUCUCUGACUACCUCCAAAGCGUCCAUAGACAAGCCAUUGUUCGAAUCCCUCACGAGCACAUGGGUCUUCAGCAUAUUCGGCGUCUGAGUCCUGCUGCCCGUGAAGCCUGCGAACUAAGAACUGGUAUCGUACUACACCCGAACACGGACCCAGAGCAAAAAGAUCUUGGCUUGGUCAAAGAUACUCCUGCUGAUGGUUUUGUGCCGGUUGACGACAUAGAGGCAGCGCAGGAGGCAUUGAAAUUCAACUCUUAUGCACUGAUGUUGGUAUGCUCAUUGGAUUCGAAUGGUUUCUUGACGAUGGCGAGCUUUGACUCAAAAAUUGUUGACACGGCACACAUGCAGACUGUACUGGCAGAGUUUGGACGCACCACACAAGAGCUUUGCCAGAAUACGGCCGGAUCAAUCUCAGACCUCGAGCUUCUGAGAGAGCCAAGUCUAGCAGAACUCCUGUAUUUCAGCCGUCUUGGGAUUCGCAGCAUGCCUCAAUGGUGUAGAGAGAACGCUAUUAAUUGCUAUGAGGGCGUGGAGGCAACGUGGAUCGUUGAUCCCCACGAUCCAGAACGUCUUCUCCCGGUGGGUGCCGUCGGAGAACUCUUGUUCGAGUCCCGGGAAGAGUUGCAUUUGCCGUUGAGCGAUAAGCCUGGGUGGUUCUUCAAAGGAUAUAGCAAUGUUGCAGAAGACCAGGUAUUUCUAUACAAAACUGAACAUUUGUCGAAGUAUAGCAGUGAUGGGUCGAUUGUCUUCCUGGGUCGAGUGGACAAGAAAACGGAGUCACAGCCGGCGAAGUCGGCUCAGAACAAUGGCCUAGAAAAGCAGCUGCACCCUAUCACCGCCAGACAAGAGCAGCUGCGUCGGCUUUGGAGCAGGGUCCUCCGGAUUUCUGAAGAAGAGAUUGGCCUUGACAGUAGCUUCUUUGGUUUAGGGGGCGACUCUAUUGGCGUCAUGAAACUGGUGUCGGAGGCAAGAAUGGAAGGACUCGAGCUAACCGUUGCGCAAGUCUUCAGUCAUAGAUCCUUGCGCUCAAUAGCCGAGAUCAUCAAAGACACUGACCCUCCACAGGAUGCGUCAGAGACGCCGGUACCUUUUUCAACCCUCAACGUUUCCGAUGUUGAUGCUUUUGUCUCAACGUCGAUCUUGCCUGCUCUGGCUCAACCAACAUGGAAGGUUCAAGACGUCUUGCCAGCACGUCCGCUUCAAGAGAUCGCUGUCAGAGGGACUACUCAUCUUCCCCGGUACUCGGUGCGAUAUGAGGCAUUCUACUUUGAUGCUCACAUCGACCGCGCCCUCCUGUUGAAGAGUUGUCAAGAUCUCGUUUCCCGCACCGAGAUUCUCCGAACGGUUUUCGCCCAAUAUGAAGAUCGCUACUACAUGGUAGUGCUCGAGGAAUUGACGAUACCGGUCGUCGAAUAUGAGGUCGAAGGUGACUUAGAGAGCUUCGCAAAGAAGUUUUGUUCUGUUGACGUUCAGACCAAGAUGACCCCGGGGUCGCCCUUCGUGAAGUUCUGCUUCGUGCAAGGUGAGAAGGGACAGAACUGUUUGAUCAUGAAGAUAUCACAUGCCCAGUAUGACGAAAUAUGCAUGCCUCGCCUGCUGCAUCAAUUGGCAGCGUUGUACGAGGGAAAUACAGUCCCCGAGUCGCAACCAUUCUCGAAAUUUGUAUAUCACGUCAUUCGAGAAAAUAUUCCCAAAAGUAUCGAGUACUGGCGUGAACUCCUGCAGGGCUCUUCUAUGACGGUGUUGCGACCGGAAAUUCCCUUAGAGUCGAGGAAUCAUGCGGCAAUUUCCCGGACCUUUGACAUCUCAGGUCGAUCCACAGAUAUGACCACGGCCACUUUACCGACGGCGGCGUGGGCUCUCUGUUUGGCUCGUCGCCUUUCUCUAAGAGACGUGACCUUCGGUGAGGUUGUCAGCGGCCGCAAUAUCGAUCUCCCCAAAUGCGACACCGUAAUGGGACCAACCUGGCAAUACGUCCCAGUCAGAGUGAAGUUUGAAGAAAAGUGGACCGGGGAGGACCUGCUCCGCUUUGUCCAGCAGCAACACGUUGACAGCACCCGUUUCGAGGGGAUCGGGCUCAAGGAAAUCGUCCGGAACUGUACCGACUGGUCCGAGACCGUGGACUGGUUCGACUCGGUCGUGCACCAGGACGUCGAGCAUGUCGAAACAUUGGCGUUCCUGGCAGCCAACAGCAGAAUGCAGUCCAUCUACCCACAUGUCGAACCCCUCCGCGAGUGGAAGAUCCAGGCAUUUUUCCAGGGCGAGUCUCUCACUCUGGAGAUCAUCACAUUCGAGUCUUGGUCCGGCUUCGCUGAGUCCUUGCUUAGGGAUCUCGGUACAUGUUUAGAACAGUUGGUCAACCAACCCCACGACGUGCUCUUCUCGUCAACAUCAAAGGGCGAUUUCAUCUCAAAUGGGAUCCCCCUGGCCGAUAGAGCUCAUGGUGAGAAUACUCACUAA